CGGAAAUCCGAUGUUAGUCCUGCUGAAUUCAUGGUAGGGCAAAAAACAGCAUUAGAUCUGAAGAAAGACCCAGAGCCCUGAGCUAAAGAUGGCUAGAUUUUCCUUUUGGCUCUUAAUAAUUUCCUUGAGCAUCUUCUCCGUUUCUGCGAAUCGUCCCAGGGGCCGUAUCCUGGGCGGAUCAGAGAGCGCCCCCCAUCACAGGCCUUACAUGGCAUCUCUGCAGGAGGACGGGAAGCAUCUCUGCGGAGGGUUCCUGAUCACCGCUCAGUGGGUGCUCAGCGCAGCCCAUUGCUUGGAGGAAACGCUUGCAGAGCCCGCGGUUCUUGGGUCACAUGUGCGGAUCCUGCCAUAUCAGACUGUAAACAAUGAUGUCCCUGAACAUACUCGGUGUGAAGUGGCCGGCUGGGGCAUUAUUAGCAAUACGGGAAAGAAACCAGACAAGCUGCAGUUCGUUCAGCUCAGCAUCAUCGAUCGAAAUCAAUGCAAUAUGAGGCGAUACCAUGACGGCAGCGUGACAGAGAACAUGAUGUGCGCUGAAUCCAAAAAGAAAGAUUCCUGCAAGGGAGAUUCCGGUGGACCUAUCGUUUGCAACGGCACUGCUGAAGGCAUCGUGACCACCGGAUCCACUGUUUGUGGCAAUUGGCGGAAACCUGGGAUUUACACCCGGACCGCUCCCUACGUCUCAUGGAUCAACAGCACCAUAGAGUCCACCAUAGAGUCCACCACAAGUCCUUAGAGGGAUUGCUUGGUAGCUCUCAAUGCUGAGGCUUCAAGGUGCAAAAGGGGAUGAGAUUGGACAACCAUGUGUCUAAAAUGAUGUAAGGUUUCCUACCUGAGUAGGUGGUUGGACUAGAAGAUCUCUAAGGUCUCUUCCAAUUCUGUUAUUCUGUUCUCCCAAGAGGUUCAGAAAGGAACCUCUUUCUCUUAUGGAGGGGGGGGGGCUCUGCUUUUUUUCUUUUCUUUUCAUCAAGGGGCACCUGUACGCCAACCAGCAAUGCUUACCAAGAAUUAUUGUCAGCAUGAAAUAAAUAAAUAAAUAAAUAAAUAAAUAAAUAAAUGGAACGCA